AUGCAAGAAUUGCCGCAAAAAAUGGAAAAGACAUUUGCAAAUACUCAAUUCGAUUUGAAUCCUAAUUUAUCAUUCGAUAAUUACGCUAAGAUUACAACUGAAUCAUUCGGUUUGUCUCAACAAAAAACUCAAUCGUUAAUUAAGCAAGAUAAUCCAAUAUCACAAGUUUCAAUUGCAAAGCCAUUACCGCAAAAUCCUUCACGAUUAUUGUCAUCAUCGUUUACUGCGACAUUAUCGUCAUUAUUAUUAUCACCAUCAUCAACACCAUCAUCAUCAGUUCCUAUUGCUGCUCCAUCUAUUGCCUUAGGCAAUACCGAAUCUCGAUCACGAGUUCCGAUACGACAAACUUCAUCUAAUUUGCUAUGGUUCAACGAUACACUUCCUCCAUUUAAUUGCUCGCAUGAUUUCCAACAAAUUGCAAUGGAAUUUCAGCGCAAAUUCCCCGCGCAAACAGCACGAGAUAUUCGAGAAAAACGAUUAGGAGAAAUGAUUAAACGAAAAUUGAUUGAUUGUGAUCAUAAAACAAAAAAAAAUCAUUGGCAAAAUAUGAUAGAAUUAUUAGCAAAAGCAAAAAUUUCACCAAGUGAAGAGGAAGAAUGUAGUAAUGGACUAGUGCAGGAGCGUAUUGCAUGCCUUAACUUAUUAUCCUAUACGUGUCAAUUUAUUAAGCGUGACUACACGUUUCGUUUGAUACCUGCUCGUGUUAUUAUCCAAGAAGCGCGAAUAAUUGAAGAUGGUGUUACAAAAUGCGUAAAAGUUAUACGAUUAGUCAAAAAGCAUAACCAACCUAGAAAAUUUUAA